AUGCGGUACCUUCUUCCGGCGGUGCUUGGCGCACUGAGUCUGAUCUACGUGGACGGUGUUGCCGCCCAGGAUACACCGGCUUGUGUGCCUACAUGUGCGAACCAAGUCAGAGGCCAGUUUGCCCAGUAUGGCUGCGUUAAUGCGGAUGACGCUGCCUGUCUGUGUUCCAACGCCAACUUCGGAUUUGGCGUUCGAGACUGCGGCCAGACUGGAUGUGGUGCUACGGAUGUCCAGAUCCAGGCCUAUCUAGCGGGAUCCUUUUGUCAGGGACAACAAUUGGCUUUUACGCCGACUGGAGCGCCGGCUGCUUCGACAGCGCCAGCAGCCGCAGAGACAAGCGCUCCGGCAGGCGAGACGACACCGGUUCCAACUGAGCCCCCGGCCUCGACCACUUCGGUUCCGGAAACGGCUGUCCAGACCUCCCCGCCGACCACGGCGCCACCGUCUACGACCGAACAGGUUACCACCACAGCGCCGGCUACCGCUCCCGCUCAGACCUCGGCUCCGUCGACUACAACCGCUUCCCCCUCGGGCACUACGAGCGCCGUGUCUUCCGAAACAUCGCCGCCUGCUACCACCACGUCAGCAGACUCAUCCACCUCUGUCGUCUCUACCACUUCUACUCCGACUGCUAGUGAAACGUCCGAAGCUGCUCCUGCGGCUGGUGGUGGCUUGUCUCAAGGUGCGGCUAUUGGAAUCGGCCUGGGAGUCGCAGUUGCCGUUGUUGGGAUCGGGUUGGCUGCCGCGUUCUGGUUCUUGAAGAACCGCAGCCGGACCCACGACUCCUUCGACAUUUCUCAACCUCCUCCCAGUUCAGGGCACGGCCAGGGCGCGUUCGAAAAGUAUUCCAAUGACAUCGAAAUGGUGUCCAACCGCUACGAAGACAUGGUACCUCGGCAGCAGCCAAGAGCCAUGGUGUAA